GAGAGAGAGAGAGAGAGAGAAGCGCUGAUUAGCGUGUAAAUUCGCAUGCGACAGCGACAUUUUGCACAGAGACGUCGCGCGCGGUGCUGUGAAGCGUCUCUUUUUCUUUGCUCUCGCGAAUUGUGCCGAGUGCGGGGUACGACGAAAACAUCCGCUCGGCAUUUCCACAGAGCGGCAGGAUCAUCACGACUUGGCGGAUCGCUGUAAUGCGCCGGACGAGCGACUCGCGGACGCGCAGCAACAUGGACCUCCUGAGCCCGGCCUUCCGCUCCCUCGAGCUGGGCGACGUGAAGCCGCCCAAGGAGAGCUUCCUGCAGCGUGACGAUGUCCUGGAGAACAACAGCGGCGGCAAGGCGGACGGCGAGGCGCGGGAGCGAAUACGCAGGUUCAAGUCGGGCAGGGAGAAGUCGCGCGACGGACUACGCACCAUCGACCUGGACGAGGUCGCCUGGCACGACACGGUCGACAACUGCUGGCUGGUGAUCUACGACUACGUGUACGACUGCACGGACUUCUUCAAGAGUCACCCGGGCGGCCAGGACGUCCUGCUGGAGUACGCCGGACGCGACGCCACCUUCGCCUUCAUCGGCACCGGCCACUCCGCCGUCGCCAGGACAACCUUGGAACGCUACAUCAUCGGCGAGCUGCCGCCGGCGGAGAGGAUCUUCCGCGUCCCCGGCGGCGUCAAGGUAUCGGGAUUCUGAUCCGCUCCGCUGCGCGCUCUCGGCGUCGUUAUCGUUGUUAUCGCACGCUCGGCCCGGAAAUGUCGACUAAUCCUUCCGCUGCGAGGCUCUCGCGAGAGGCUCGUUCAGAGACGUCGAAAAAAAUAUAUUUAUAAUGUCAUAUUUAUAAAUGAUACGUUGUACGUACGUUGUAGAGAAUAAGAGCCGAUUAAUGUAUCGUCGAUGAUAUAAACUUUUGUCGCCGAACAAAUUAGCCGCGAGAAGGCAACGAUGAGACACAGGCGGUCUCCCGCAGCGAUGGGGAACUUUCAGUCCCGAGCGAGUUUGCAACGGAAGGAUUGAGCGUACUUACGCAGGGAAUCCAAAGCCGAUGUGACCGAUCUUCUCUAUUUGUUCGCCCGCUGAAAAAGUCUCGGAAUCAUACAUAUCGGGGUUUGCUCGCCGCUUAUUAUCACCCGGCCGGCGCACACUGGUCAAAAAAGCUCUCUCGGUGGACAAAUUAGUCUGGAGCGCGUAAUUGUUAACCGAUUCUAAUAAUUUUUCUUUUAAUUUGCUCGUUAUGAAUUGCUCUACAACUUUGUCGAUUCACUUUUUUCAAGUAGAGCUUCAAGUCCAAAUGGCGGACUCAAAAUGGUUAUCAAAAUAUAGAAACUAUAAGAAAUUAUCCGAUUUUUCAGAUAAAUUCAGUGGUAUAUUUACUACAGCACUGACAAUCAGUGCAUAAUCGCUGAUUGACAGUGAGUUUCACUGAUUCACUUUUAGAGAACAGGCAUAAAUAAGGAGGCACGGAAUAAAGAUUUUAAGAUGCACGCACAUACGCGCAUUUUAAUUUCUUGCCACUUCACAGAGGAUUUGAAAUGUUUUAGGAUUUUCUGAUAUCUUGAUCACUAUCGGUGCACGUUCAGAUCACGUUUUUGCUCACAUAUUAGUAUAUAUUUCAUAUAUUAGUUUAUAUAGUAUAAAUUUCAAGCUAAGUUUUGAAAUUUACAUAUUUUUGCGAGCAAUAUGUACUAAUGUGUGAGCAAAGACGUUAUCUAAGUAUUGCCUGAAAUGGGAUGUCUUAACGCAUCCACCGUAUUCUCCUGAUAUCGCACCAUCUGACUAUCACUUGUUCCGGUCGUUGCAAAAUUAUUUAAAUGGAAAAAACUUUGACUCUUUGGAGGCCUUAAAAAACGGCGUCUCUUCGUUCUUCGAAUCUAAA